AUGGCUUCCCUCCCCAUCACACUUAUGGCACUAACGGCCCUAUUCCUCAUCACCUCCACCUUCGCUCAGUCUCCAGCCCCGUCGCCCAAGAAAUCACACCACCCCCACUCCCACUCUCCCUCUCCCCAUAAUUCCCCUAUCCUUUCUCACAAAUCGGUGUCUUCACCUUCGCCUUCACCGUCGCCUUCUCCAGUCGCUUCUUCCUCACUCCCUCCGGCCAAUGCUCUUGCUCCUGCUCUUCUCUUUAAUGAUGCUAUUACCAACACUUUCGCUGUCUCGGCUUCUCUCUUCACCGCCGUCUCCGCCGCUGCUUUCCUCUUCUAG